AUGGGUGGACUGAAUAAAUAGCGAGUGAGAUGCGGAUCUGAAUGACAUGAGAUGUGGAGCCGCAGCAGCAGCAGCAGCAGCAGAGAGGGUAGGAGACGCAAUCCAUAGUAGCUGCUCGACAGUCACCACUGAUCAACGCUCAACAGGCGACCGGACUCUGAGCUGAACUCUCUUUUUCUCUCUUAUAAUCCGAGCUCUUUGCGUGCGCUCCUCCACCACUUUCCUGUCUCAGCGCUCUGAUCCAAGUUGUCUUGGUGAAACCCUACCCCUCUGCUGCUAACAGGUUGAAAAAAAAAAAUACAACAACAAAAAAAAACAAAAAACAAGGAGCUACAUUAUUAUUAUUUUUUAUUUAUUUAUCUUUUUUUUCGUGGCGCGUCUUAAUAUUGUCGCUCGUCUGAAAUCCAAGAUGAUGAUGAUGAUCGUCGCGGAGUUCUUCGUGGUCAUCCUGAAGGUGCUCUGGGCGUUUGUGACAGCCGGGGCCAGAUGGGUCGUGCGACCCAAGGAGAAGAGCGUGGUGGGACAGGUGUGCGUGAUCACCGGGGCUGGGAGCGGCCUCGGGCGGCUGUUCGCCAAGGAGUUCGCCCGGCGGCGAGCGAUCCUGGUCCUGUGGGACAUAAACAGCCAGAGCAACGAGGAAACGGCGGAGAUGGUGCGGCAGAUAUACCGCGAAACGGAGACUCCCAUCGCCGAAGACGGACCCGUUGGAGGAGUGGAGGAGGUCCCCGCGUUUAAGCCCCAGGUCUACACCUAUGUGUGUGACGUGGGCAAGCGUGAGAGUGUGUAUUCCACAGCGGAGAAGGUGCGGCGGGAGGUGGGAGAGGUGGACAUACUGAUCAACAACGCCGGCGUGGUCUCAGGCCACCACCUUCUGGAGUGCCCCGACGAGCUGAUCGAGCGCACCAUGGUGGUCAAUUGUCACGCACACUUCUGGACCACCAAGGCGUUUCUCCCCAAGAUGCUGGAGCUGAAUCACGGUCACAUUGUGACUGUUGCCAGCUCCCUCGGUUUAUUCAGCACAGCUGGAGUUGAGGAUUACUGUGCCAGCAAGUUCGGGGCCAUCGGGUUUCACGAGUCCCUGAGCCACGAGAUUAAAGCCUCGGAGAAGGACGGCAUCAACAUGACCCUGGUGUGCCCUUACCUGGUCAACACGGGAAUGUUUAAAGGUUGCAGGAUAAGGAAGGAGAUUGAGCCUUUUCUGCCUCCCCUGUCGCCGGAGUUCUGUGUGAAGCAAGCCAUGAGGGCCAUCCUUACGGAUCAGCCAAUGGUCUGCACGCCUCGCAUCAUCUACAUGGUUAACUUUAUGAAAAGCAUCCUGCCCUUUGAGGCCAUCGUGUGCAUGUACCGGUUCCUCGGUGCUGACAAAUGCAUGUACCCUUUCCUAGCCCAGAGGAAGGAAUUGAUGAACAACAACGAAGCAAAGAAUGGGAUCUAGGGGGCAGUGUUUACAACCGGGGGCAUUUAUACCUGCAAACACAUGGAAACAACCACUGAAGACGAAAGAUGGUGGAGGGUGAAAAGAAGAAAAAAAAAAGACUGAAUCUAGACUGGUGCACUUGCAUUGAGCAAAUGCAAAAAUUUACCAUAUUGUUCCUCUGGAACAAAAAAAGCUGCGUACUACACAAAGGAUUUAUUUGAGUUUUUUUUUUCUUUCCCAUAGAAAUCAACAUCUAUAUACCAUCACUAGUUUUGAAAUCAUACAAAUGAAAAAAAGGUAUCCAGUAAUUAACUAUUUACAUAAUGUAGUCACCAGCCUUAUCUAGUGUCAUUGUGGAAAUAUACAGUAUGUUACUGUAAAAAAAACAGUAAUCUUUUUUUUUUUCACUUAUUUUAUUUUUGUAGACAUGCACUGUAAUUUCUAAUUUUUAUAAUGUAAAUUCAGAUUUGCUCCCCCCCCCCCACACACACACACACUGCCAGUGAUUUUUGUGUAGAUUUAAUACAAUGUUUCCAGCUAGUCACCAUUUUUUUUUUUUUGCAGAGGCUCUUUUUCACUCCAGUUUACACAGCUAUGAUUUACGCUGGUGUGUGCCAUUUUAAAAACAAAGCUAGGGAAGCAUUCCAUAAAUUUACUACCAUCCCGCCCCCCUAAGUAAGUAAUUUUAGAGACAUGUAGCAUAGUUUGACUUUUUAAAUGCAUUCCAAAUGGGACUCAGUGGCCAAGUUAUUGAUGACCUUUCUGGAGUUUCUUAUAUCAUGAGAGUCAGUCAUUGCUGUUCUGAUAAAUCCCCUUUAAAGAAGGUGAACCAGAAAAUUCCUGUCCUGGGGUAAAUUAGCAUGCGACUGAUAGCAGAAUGUAUCAUUUGAAGAGAAGUGAAGAGAACAGGCCUUUAUAUGUAUUUUUUUUCUCCAUUUGUGUCCAUUUUUUAAGUGCUGUUCAUAUUGUAAAUUUUUAUUUUGAACAAUAUUGGUUAAAAUAAAUAAAUAAAUAACUCCAGCUGAAAAAAAAAGUGUAAAAAAAAUGUAUAAAUUGCCUCUGACGUUGUUCUAAACAGUUAAAAUGAAACGUACGUUUAAAUGUUGUUAACCUUCGCCCAGAUGAGUGUUCCCGCCACAUUUGAUGUAUGAAUAUUUUAUAUACUUUAUAUAUUUUUUUAGUUUUGAAUGUUAAAUACAAUACAUUCCAAUAGGCAUCAUUCCCUCAGUCACAGCGAUGAGCCUAAAUUCUCUACCUCUUAAUUUUUGCUUUUUUAUUUUGUUUGACAGUAUAACAUAAGCCUCUUUUUGUAAUAUUCUAAAAAAAAAAAAAAAAAAGAAGCUCCAUAGCUGAGCAAAUGUGGUUCCAAUGUUUAGUGUCUCUACCUAACUUAAAUUAAUAAAGUGAUUUAGAUUAUUA